AAUACCAACAUAUUUAUUUUGAUUUUUUUUAUUCGCGAGUACUACAUAAAUGUUUACCUUAAAAAUUUAUUAUUAUUUAAACAAAAGGUACAAAAAUGUAAUUCUUAUUGUUACCUAAUUAAAAUAAUUUAUUCAUUCCUUCUGAACAGUAUUUUCCGAAACAUGAAGUAGUCAAUUAUGAAGCUCAAACCACUAAGAUUUAAAGAUGUUAGCAGCUUACGCCAGAUUUAUUGUUCGAAAUUCUUAUCUGGUUAUGUUUAUUGUGGGAAUUAUUUCUACAACGCUUACUCUAAUACCUCUCGUGUGUCAUCAAUUGCCUUCAUUUUCUGACCCAAUCAUCGGUUUUGAAACCCGAGGGACUAGCUUAGCCCAUCGCUUCAUCUCAUGGGAAAAUCUGAUUGAUGAAACCCGUCCGUCAAGGAGGCUUGCUGUUAAUCCAAAGGAAAUAGAAGAUCAGAUUCGAAUGAAUCUUUCAUACCACAAUAUUGUGAAUCAUAAUAUACGGUUUGGGAAUGGUCGGAAGAAAGAAAGAAAAAACAAGAAAAUUCGUAAUAAUAGCACCAAAUUUGCAAAAACUUCUUAUAAAUCAUCAGAUUUGAAAGUAACACAGAACCAUGUUCAUUGGAGCUUUGGCAAAAAUGUUUCAUUUGAAGAUGAAGAAACUGCUUUUCUCAGAAAUCAUACAUGGAGGCAAUGGAAGUCCCUGAAGGAAAUGCAGCUUAUACCUUUAAAUUUUACACAACACAACUAUGCAUCUGGAAUUUGUGGCGCUCCUAUGUCUGACUAUGCUCAUUUGGUUGUAUCUAGUUUAGAUGGAGCUUCUCUAUUGAAUUAUGAAAAUAUUAUGGAAAUAUGUGAAUUACAAUCAAUGCUUGUACAGGUUGGUAGUACAGCUUAUACAAAAAUUUGCCAAAGAUCAUCACUUUCAGAAGAGCUCUGUUGUCCCAUUUGGAGUGUGCCAAACUAUAUUUCUAUUCUAUCUGGUAAGAGAACAUGUAAUGAUAUAACAAAAAAAGAUGUUAGUGCAACUGUGGAAUUGUUGAUAAAAUGUGCAGGCUAUUUUCAUAAUUUUACUUUGAUGGCAUCAUGUGGGAUGAAUCGCUGUAGAGUACCCAAAUAUUGUACUCAACAUGAUGCAAUUUAUCACUUGUUAUUUUAUUUAAUUGAUUCUGAUGCUUUUUCCCCUCAAAAUAUUUCUAACAGCUUUGUAAGAAGCAUGAUGUUAUUCCUUCCACUGCCAGCAAGUAGUACUAUUUUGCCAUUUUACAAUAGACUUCAAAGCACUAAUUUAACUUAUGGCAAUAUUUUUGUACCAGCAAUGCAGUUAGGGUUGAAAAAUGCACUCUUUGAUUUAUGGGUAAUUAGAGACACUUGGCUCAUGGGAGUUGGUGGUGUUUUUGUUUUUCUCUGUGUCUGGAUUUAUACGAAAUCCUUAUUACUAACAAUAUUAUUAUUUGCUGCAAUAAUAUAUUCUCUGGGGGUUGCAUACUUUUUAUAUGUUUAUGUGUUUUUGUUAGAAUUUUUUCCAUUCAUGAAUUUACUAGUUGUAGUUGUUGUGAUAGGGAUAGGAGCUGAUGAUGCAUUUCUAUAUUGUAAAGUAUGGAAGAUGAUUAGCAAAAGGCUCAUGAAAGACAAUAUUAUUGCACAAGAAAAUGGUUUUACUGAUUUAAAAAAUGUAUCGAGUGCUGGUGAAACAAUACUGGUGCAAAUUGUCGAGGAAACUCUUAGACAUUCAGUUACAGCCAUUUUUGUUACUACUUUGACAACAUCAGUAGCUUUUUUUGCAUCUUAUGUAAGCUACAUUCCGGCCAUUAACUGUUUCAGCAUUUUUGCUGGUACAUCAGUAUUAGUUAACUUUUUAUUUAUGGUGUCUUGGUUGCCAGCGUCAGUAUUUUUGAUAGAUGUUAAAGUGUGUGUAAGUAGGAAUGGUAUUUUUGAUGUUUUUAACAAAUUUAUAAAUAAUGUUGGAGAGGAUAUCAGAUUAGUAGUGAAUAGACUUAUUACAGCUAGUAUCAUGAGGUUGCAUGUAGUUUUAGCUAUCUUUUUGGGUUCCAUAGGACUCAUCAGUGUUAUUAUAGUAUUCUAUUAUCCAGGUCUCCAGUUGCCAAAUACUAAACAGUUCCAAUUAUUCCAAAAAACACAUCCUUUUGAGCAAUAUGAUCAUGAAUAUAGUCAGCAUUAUUUGUUUGAAAAAUUUACAAGAGAUACUGGUAUGGUCAUUACAAUGCCUCUUCGAUGGAUAUGGGGCAUAAAAGCAAUUGAUAAUGGUAGCCAUAUGGAUCCCUCAUCAAGGGGGAAACUUAUGUUUGAUGAACAUUUUAAUAUAUCUGACCCAAAAUCUCAGGUAUGGUUGUCUAAUUUCUGUUCAGAUUUGAAAAUACAGAAUUUUUACCAACACACAGGCCCUUUAUUACCUAAUUGCUUUAUUGAAAGCUUUAAAAUGUAUAUGAGUAGACAAUGUUAUGAUGUUAUUGAUAAAUUAAAUAGAACUCCAUGUUGUGAAUCUUCCCAUUUUCCAUAUUCUAAAGAUGUAUUUGAUUAUUGUAUUAUAAAAGCAAUGGAAUCUUUAUAUCAAACCCCUCGUGAAAUAUUUAUGCCUGGAAUUGCUGGCCCCAAAUUUUUACGUAGCUCUAGGCCUCCUACAGUUGCUGCAAUAGUUGUUGAAUUUGAAAGCAAUGUUCCUUAUUCUAUGUCUUACAAAGAUAUGAAUGAUUUCUUUAUUAAUGUUGAAAAUUGGACACAACACACAUUAAAGUUUGCUCCUGAAGGUAUGAAAAAUGGUUGGUUUAUCUCAGAUCUUCAGUUCUAUGACUUACAAAAAACACUGGCUAGUGGGACUGUGAUGGCUCUUUUACUUUCAGCUGCAUUAGGAUUUAUUGUCCUUUUGCCAUCAACCUUUAGUUUUGUUGUGAGUUUAUGUGCUCUCAUAGCCAUGAUAUUUUCUGCCACAGUAACAAUAGCUACUUUAGUACUAAUUGGUUGGAAAUUAAAUGUUCUUGAAAGUGUGUCUAUCUCCCUUUCAGCAGGGUUAGCUGUAGAUUUUAGUUUGCAUUAUGCUCUUAGCUACACCAAUGCGAAUGGCACAAAAGCAGCAAGAGUGAAAUAUGCUCUCUGUGCAUCAUCUGGGCCUACUGCAGCGGCUGCCCUAACAACAGGCUGUUCAGGGAUAUUCUUAUUGUUUUCCAACCUACUACCAUAUUCACAAAUAGGGUUAUUUCUUUUUUUAAUUAUGUUAAUAAGUUGGUUUUACGCAACAUUUUUUCUCUGCUCCAUGCUUCAUGUGUUUGGCUCUAAUACAACGAAAGAAACUCUAGUUGAGGAGAAAAAAGCUGAAUCAAAAGUAAGCUCAAUAUGUUCUGAUGUUCCUGAUCUAGAAAGCCAUGAGCUAGAACACUUAGCAGAAAGUAACCGAACAAACAUAACUACUUCUCAUAGUCCUUCUAAUAUAAGUGCAACCACUGUUGUUUUACAUGAAGACUUUGAAAAAAAAAUUGAAGACACAACUCAUGACUGAAUAUUAAUAUUAACCUAUUUUAUAGCAGACUAUUGCUGUUUCAGUAUUAUUUAUUGUAUUAAUGUUAUACAAAUUAUAAAUCUUGAUUUAUGUUCACUUAAUGAUCUCUUGUCUCUCAUAAUUGUUGCUAGUUGUAAAACUGUAGAAUUUGUGACAAUAACUAUCACAUAAUAUUUUAUACAUGACAAUAUAAUGUUAUUACGAGCUUAGCUUUAACAUUCCUGUAUACUCUUGAAGCUCCUUGACAGGUACACAGUAAAAUGAGUGUGUAUAAAUUAUUUUUCAAUAUGUUUAUUUAUUAUAUUUAUAAUGGUUAAUUAUUUGUACAAUUGGCAAAGUUCUCUCAAAUAAUUAAAACACAAUGUGAUGAAUUAUAACACUUAUUUUAUUUGGUUUUUGUCGGUAGGUGACUGUUUACUUUCAAAUCAUCAAGAUGUUUCAACAAAUAUUAUUAAUUUCGUCCAUUUUGCGUGCAGGGUUGGCUCUUCUUCUAACUAUCAGGCUGUGCAUUAGGCUGUUCAUAUUGUGAGGUGUUUAUUUUUGGUAUGUGUCCUGUUGAGGUACACGCCUAGUGAUUUUUUAAGCAGAGUCAACAGUUAGCCUGGGUAAUAGUGUAGGCAUUGUCCUUUUGAUUGUCUACAGCUUUUGAGGUUUGUCCAUCGGCCAUUACGAAUGUUAUUGUUAAAAAAGCCUAGCCAAGGUCGUAUUUGGCUAAUUUAGUGACAUACCUAGCCACCUGAGACACUGAGCCUAGUCUGGCCAGUUCAUCCGCAGAAUUGUUACGUCCUGUUAUCAGAGGCAACUCAUUUCAAGCAUUAGGUAAAGCGCUCGUAGAUUGCCGCUUAUGUAAAGGCGGUAAUCUCUAGCGUAGUAAGCACAGCCACAUUGUCAGAGAGAAUCCUGACAUCAUAACAUAAUUCCUUCCUAUUAUAGGGGCGGCGGCGGUUUCUUUGAUGGCUGUAGCUAUAGCGUGUAUACUUACGUUUAGAAAAUGGAGUGUAAUGAUAGUGGUGUAUGUAUCUUUAGUUCUUCCAGGAAGAUUCCAGUUCCUUCUAAACGCCAUUUUUGAAUGUAUAAUUGAAAAAUACACACAACAUGGAUUAAUGUACACAAACAUAAUAUGUACCUUUUAGAAAAUAAAUGCCUAUUGUGCUUUUUAUAAAGACAUCAACUAAUGUUUCGGAUGAGUUGCCAGGUUUAGGCUUAUUAUUAUUUACUGUUAGACUAUCCAAAAGGUAAGUAUAUAGUCUUCCCGACUUGUGUUUCAGAGCAACUUACUGUAAUAUCGAACGGCUGGUAGUUUGGUAAAAAUUAUGAACUGUGCGCCCUGAAUUGGGCGGCGGGAGAGAGUUCAGGGAAGAGAGGGGGUAAUCCUGACCCCCUAGUGUACUUUUGUUCUGAGGAAAUCAAUAGUUUUUCAGUAAAAAAAAAUAAUUUCGGUAAAACUUCAGGUUAUGUUAACAUUUAUACCUAUAAUCAAAUAAUUAACAGUUUUCUCUGAAACAGAAAAUUUGUUUGUUAAGCAAAAAUAACUUGUCUUUAUCAAAUGCACACCUCGUUUUAUUUAAUUCGUGGCGCACGAUUUCAAAACGGACCUGGUAGUUUUCUUAAGCUGCAGCUAGGACUGAACUUUUGAAAGAAGGUGGAACGCUAAGGCUUUAGUACCUUGGACCACUUACACACAAUGCUCGCGAUUAUAAAGAAGUACUAUGAGUAUAAUCGGACUUUAUACGUGGAUUAUGUGGACUAGAGAGCCCUCGAGCCUCCAGAUCUGAACUUGUGGUGCAGUGUCUUCAGCGGUACCACAUCUAUUACCAAUAAGUAUAUCAAAAUGAUGAACUGUUUCGAAGGAUGUUGAAUUAUAAUAUACAACAUUAAUUUUACCAAAUCAUUGCUAAUGUUAAAAUUGAGUUAUUGUUGUGAGUAUCUGUUUUAUAAUGUAUUUUGUUGAAUCUCUUGUACAGACUACAUUCUGAAAAUUACUAAUUUAAAUUUAGAAAGUAACUAGACGUAAAGUUUAUCUAAUCUAUCAAUGGGUAUUAAUAUUUAGCAAAAUUUAUUGUAUUGCUUCUGCUGUAUUGAGAUAAUAUUAUGAACCUAAUUUUAAUGAUUUUAUAGGUCAAAGUAUGACUUAACAAGCAUUAUCUCGGAUGAAAUAAUUGUGAUUGUUUUGAUGAUGCCGUUAAUAUCGCGAUAUAAUUGAAUAUUUUUCUUCUGUAGUAAGGCCACUUAGAAUGAAAUAUGUAGUAAUUCAUUUAUGAUUCGUAGUACUCGAACUUUCGGAUAGAGUCCUUUUCUCAUUUUCGUCAGAAUUUUUCUUCAAUAUUAGUGCCAUAUAAUAAAAAAAAAUAUAAUAUUAUAGUUAAGACAGGACUCAAAAAAAUUGUCGACAAAGAUAUUUUGCAUGCAGUAUUUCAGGUAUAUAUUAUUAAUUAUUAUAUCAGUAUCAUUGAAAAUUUAGGGAAGCGCUGACUGAUAUAUGAUACAGUAUAUGAAUACUGAAUGAUGCAGUAAGCCAAGUACUUACAUCCAUUUUUGUUUUCAAGAUAUCAUAUUAGUGGGAGGCUUUGCACGAUGCAGGCAAGAUUGUGACUACACAGCAGUAAUUUUUUUAUAAAUCAAAGUCAAAUAAACUUUAAAAAGGCUUUACUUUGCGGAAAUCCAUAAUUAUCCAAAUGUUUUGAGUUAUCCGUAGUGUUAAUUCCGCCAAUAUUUGUCUUAAAACAAGUCGACACGUGUUUCGCGUCUACACGAGGCAUCCUCAGGACAUGUUGACUCGCCAAACUCUGGCAUGAGACCAUCGAGCUAGUCCCGUAUCUUUGUAUCAAUAAAAAAAAGUAUUAAACUUAGUGGUAAAAAGUGUCAUUAUUUAUGAAAGAUGGUAGUUUAUACAUAAAAGUUACCGCCAUUGAUUUUGGUUCUAAUCAAUUAUUUUUCUAAGGCUUAAAAAAUUGUGAUCUGUUAAUUUUAUAUAAUUAUUGUCAAUUUAAGUUAAUUUUAUUUAUUAUUAUUGAGUACACUUUAUAGAUAUUGUAAUAUAACAACAUGUAUUAAUCAUAUAUUACGUGAGGCGAUUUUUCGACCGUCCCUCUCCCCUUGGCGAGAUGUGAGAUUUUGCUCGACCGCGUACUACACUACUCUGAGAUCACGUGAGAUAUUUAAAAAUGCGUAAUUUAUAUGUAAAAAAUUAUAUUUGUGCUUGAUUGCGUUGGAUUCAUUGUAAAAAAAUGUUUGAAUCUUUUAAAUUAGACUAAUAAUUAAAACAUCCGCUCUUUUUUUAUAUACUUAACCCGGGUACAAUUAAAUUUUGGUUCUUGCGGAUUGAAGAUAACGUGAUAUUUGAUGAGACCCCUCUCCGCGACGUGACGUGAGAUUAGCUUUGACUGCCCCGUCACCUAACGCCUUACGCAAUUUAUGGACGCCCCCUUAAUAUCUAUUCGAUUGAGAUUACAUAUUAUAAGUACUUAAUUAUGAUACGUAACUAAUUAGUUUAAUUGAAAAUACAGUAUCAAAUGAUAUUUAAUCUAUUAAUAGGUAACUCAUCGAAUCGCUGUACUUAUUAUAUUUUUGUAUUUAUUAUUUAGAUUGAAUGCAUAUUGGUAGUAUACGUAAGAUGUUCAAUAACAACUAAAUGUCACGAAAUUUAUGUGAAAAUAAAGUCAUCGUUAUAACGGAUACCGACUAUUGGAGGAGGCUUUACCGCACGUUUUAGUAAAUUAUUAAAUAAAUAAUUUAUAACAUUGCUUUUGUAGAUCUUCAAGUAAUGUAUUUGAACUGUGUAUCAUCAACCAAUGAUCGGUAUCUAGGACGUUGAUAAA